GACAAUUUUUAUGAUUUAUAUAUAGCUAUGCGCAAUCUAACAACCGAUCCAAAGAAGUUUAAAGAAGAUACAAAAAAUUGGUUAAAAUUUUUUCUUACACCAUCUACUGGAACACCAAACAAUAUUAUUCAGGGCUUAUAUCAACUUAAUGACCUUACACCAUAUAUUCAUAUUUUCAUUUAUCAUAUUCAUGAAUUAAUAAAAAAACAUAACAAAUGA